ACCGGGUCUUCCCGCUUUGUCUCGAAUUAAUUAGGGUUUUCCAGAUCGACGGGACGUCAAAUAGGGCUUGGGCGAGAGAUUUUGUGUGUGAGAGAGAGAGAGAGAGAGAGAGAGAGGCAUUGUAGAUCGUUUGAUGGCGGCAAAGAGCAAGCAAGAGCUGGGGGUCGAGGGGCAGAGGCACCUGGAGGAGACCAUCAACGCGGCGUUCCAGAUCCUCUCCUCCAUGAAUGACGAGCUCUGCAACCCCGUCCUCUGGUCCACGCUCUCCCCUGGCCAUCCCUCCGCAGCCUUGGCAGGUGCUGGCGAUGCGCCAGUAGACUCCUCGCACCCGUCGGAAGCGGGUGGCGGCAGCGGCGGCGGAGUGCUCGACGAGGCCCGGCUACGCUACAAGUCUGCGGUCCUUGCCCUUCGUUCUUGUAUCGCCGCCAUUCCAAGCGCCACACAGGAGGCAGGUGCAUUGGAUUCCAGAGCAGAUGCAGUUGAACUUGAGAGACUGGAAGAGCGGGCAUCUUCUUUAAGAAAGCCUAUUGUCAUGACUUGUUGCGUUAUGGAGGGAUGCAUUAAAGUGUCAAAGUUAAAGCUUGGUAAUGGGACAAGAAACCAAUUUAUUGAAGUUGAUCAUCUUGCUUCUUUCACCAGUUUUAUCUACAGUGCAAUAUGGCGCUUCGUGAUCUCUGGAGCAAUCAAGUAAAAUCAUGAUAAUCAAGUAUCACUAGAUGAGACAAUUACCUGUUUACUUUUGCAUCGUAUUAUUCAGCAUGAUGAAUUUUAUUAUACUACAGUCGACGUUUAAUUUUGUGGUAACUCAGAGACCAUUAUUUGACCAACUGUACCAUGCAGUAUUACAAUUUGGUAGUAUUUCUUUCUGUAAGAUGGCAGAAACACAGGAACAGGUUGUAUUUGUUGAGACUUGAAUCUUGCCUUACAUUCUGUCCACUGUGUUUAUGGUUUGGAGUAUUUGGUUCAUACUUCUGAAACUAAUUUUGCUUCACUCUAAUGUGGAUUCUGGAGAUAGAUCACCAUCAGGUAUACUGUAAAACAAUUUGUAUGUUACCGAGUAAAUCAACAGAGACCAGAUCUUAGACAUGAAUGACCAAGUUCUGCUCACGAACGGUCAAAAUAUUAGGUUGAUUGUUGAUUGCCCCUAUCAUUAUAUUAUAAUUGUUGAUGGCUUGGGAAGUUUCUUCUCCACCUUGAAUCAAAAUUUUUCGUUUAGAUGCAUCACCUCUGACAUUGUAUUUUAUAUAUAAUCUUAUAAAGCAGUGAUUUAAAAAGGCGUUCGGGCGCUCGCCUAGGCGCUUGGGCGAGGCGAGGCGAGGCCCGAGUGCCUCGAUUCACUUCCAGACGAUGCGCUUCAAAGAGGCGCCGCCUGGGCGCUCGCUCGAUCCCAGGCGCUGGGCGCUUCGGGCGAGCGCCUGGGUUAAACCAGGCGACCGAACCAUCGUUUUAGGUCUGGUUCGGUCUCCGGUGCUUUAGUUGGUUCAAUCGAACCAACUAAAGCACCGAUAUCAGCUGUCGCUGCCCUAUCCUAACCCUGCUCAUUGCCACUGCCGCUGUCGCCGCUCCCGCUGCCGCUGUCGUUGCUCGCUACUGCCGCUGUCGCCGCUCUCGCUCCCUCUCCCGCUCCCGCUGCCUCCUUACACUCCCGCUGCCUUUGCCUCAUUACACUCCCGCUCCCGCCGUCGCUGCCGCCGUCACUUCCUCUUUUCUUAGUCAGCACCCCCUUACACUCCCCUUCCUUCUUCUCCUUCUGUAUACUGUUAACAGUAUACUAAUAAUAGUAUUUGUAUUUAUUAGAUUAAUAAUAUAUUAUUUUCAUUUUGUAUCUUAGAUUUUAUUAAUUUAAUAGCAUAUUUUUAUUUAAAAUUUUAAAUAAUUAUAUUUAUUAAUUAUAUUAUAUAUUUUUAUAUUUUAGCGUCUCGCUUCGUUCGGGCGAGCGUCUAGCGCCUCGAGCGUUUUUGGACCUUGGUGCCUUUUGGCGUCUAGCGCUUUUUAAAUCACUGUUAUAAAGUUGGAUUUACAGUUGAUAAUCCAGUUUCCUAGCUUUGAAAGUUGUGCUUAUCUGUGACUUAGUAUCAAUUUCAAGCAGCUUAUUUAUGCUAUCACCUUUUGUAGCUGAUGCAAAAUUAACUAUAGCCUAGUAGUAGCUCUUCAGGAAGAAUUUUGUUUUUCUGAUUUUAUAAAUUAGUGCUGCUAGAUGGUGGCAUAUCUUUCUGGCCUUUAACAUGAGAACUUGAAUUCACUUAUUGCAUAAAGAGGUUGUUCACAUUUACAUUGGUUAUGAUAUGUUUGUAGUUUGAAGAGUUUGUAUUCUAAGAGUUCUACAUCGACAUAACAAUAACGACUAUUAUUUGUACCAGCUAGCAAAAAUUGUCGAUUUGAACCUUCAGACUGACAGCAUUCUUCUCAAACUAUCAAAGUUAAAAAAUUACUUAUAUUUCUGCUACCAUCCUUUUCUUCUCUGUGGUUCUAUAAUACUUCUCAAAAUUAUACUGGAAUCUACUAAUUUCUUGCUUGCCUAAGUAUCAGGUAUAUUAGGUGAGGAGAGAAAUGUGCAAUUUGGAGAAGAAUGAACCAAAAGAUUCUCUAUUGAUGAUUUAAAUCUGUUGCACCAAAAUUCCUUUUACAGUCAUCUCCACCUUCUGAUGAAAUGAAAAAAAAAAAUAGUGGAGAAAGAUAAUUACCAAAGUUACAUGACAAGUUUAGCAAAUUAGUAUGACCCUCAAGAUCUUGAUUUUUUUCCUUUUUUUAAUAUGCCAGCUGUUACAUUAUUUUUCAAGUUCUGCAGAAGAAUUUAUUUCUAUAUCAUGCACUUACGUACCGUAUUCAUUCAGUUUUGUCUUUUAAAGUAUAUUCCAAAUUUAGAUCUGCUCAGAUUUUUUAAUGUUGAAAUGCGGAAAACAUGGCGUCCUAGACCACGACUUCUUAUGGGCUCAGUCAUCUGAACACGGAAUUGGCCCAUACUCUCACACUAAAACAUUAUGUAGAAACAUACUCUAAGUCUGUUCAACUCUGUCACUGUAUGGUUGUAGGAACUCGAAAACAAGAACAAGCAUCUCAAGCUUCUUAUUGAUCAACUUCGAGAUCUGAUCACUGACAUUGCAAUGUGGCAGAGUCCUUGUUCUGUAUGAUCUUCAGCUGGGCCAAGGUUGACAGACAUUGCAAAGCUCUCAAUUUUCCUUUUUGUGCUCUGGAAAUUGAAUCUUGGGAGAUAUGUAAAUUAUUAUGCAAAAUCAUCUAUUAAGUGUCCAUCUGGAAACAGAAAACAACUAGUGUACUUUUAGCCUUUGCUUCUGUUGCUAACCCAUCAUUAGGAUGAAAAAAAGAUGUAGCUACAGCUCCACAUGACCUUUAUUGUUUUGAAGGUUCAUUGUGAUUGGCAAAGCUACUGCUCUUUCUGGAUUGAUUAUCAUGCUUCCACAUUUUUCAGGUACAUGAAAUUGAUCCUUGAUAUUUUUUUACUGA